AUGACACAACCAAAUAACGAGCCGCCGGCCGUAAGAACUCUCUACUCGCAAGUAAUCGGCAGUCCGGGAAUUUUCGACCAGGACACGAACGUAAAAAUAUAUUUCGCCCGGCUAAAAAAUUUUUUUGCCGCGAACGGAAUCACUCAAGAAGGUAAGAAGAGGGCAAUUUUGCUAACCUCGAUAUCAGAGGAAGCGCAUAAAACCCUGUUCAGUUUGUGUUUACCAGAGGACCCCGAUAAUAAGACUUUCGAGUCGUUAUCGGACAUACUGCAAAAACACUAUGAGCCGAAAAAGUCGUAUUUCGCCGCCCGCCACCAGUUUUACUUGGCUCGUAAGAACCACGACGAAAGUGUGUCCCAGUGGGGUGCCCGCGUACGCGACCUUGCUUCAAAAUGCGGUUUCGGGCCAGAGCUGGAGAUAGUAGUGAGGGACAUAUUUGUCAUUGGAAUGGGUUACGGAAAGAUCCAAGACCGGUUACUGGAAGAGGACGCGUCAGCAGCAUCAACCACCUUAGUAAAAUUGAUGGAAGUGGCAAUCACCAGAGAGGCCAACAUCAACGCAAGCAAAGAGUGGUCGAAAGACACGACUGGGGCGUUCCAUUUCACCAAGCAGGAAGGGUCUCCAACACAGACGACGCCAAAGAGGACGAGCGGACGAGGACAAACCAACGGGAAGGAGAAGUGUCAAGUAUGCGGCCGUUCCAACCACGACACCGGACUAUGCAGGUUCAAAAAUUAUUCAUGUAAUAUAUGCGGGGUAGUGGGUCAUUUGGCACCCAUGUGCAAAAAUAAAGGUACUAAGCACAAGUCGCAAAAUAAGUUUUUGUCAGAAAAUGAGCGGUCAGGCGAUCACGAAACCAGCGUAGAAUUAAUUGAUUCUUUUUUUGCAAUUAACGACAUUUCCCGAGAUAAGCUUAAAGUAGCUCCGUACAGCGUAGAGUUAGUCAUCGGAGGUAAGCCAAUAUCGUUCGAAAUCGAUACCGGUUCGGUGCAUAGUAUCAUUUCCGAGUCGACGUUUAAAGCGAUAAUAGGUCCAAAGGUAAUCGUAACUAACGACGUAGAGUUAUCGGAUUACGUUGGUAAUAUAAUUACACCGAUAGGUAAGGUAGCGCUCAAGGUCAUGUACAAUAAUAGAACAACCGGAAUAUGGGUAUAUAUAGUGCCAAACGGAGGACCACCAAUACUCGGUAGGAACGAUCUAGCAACGCUAAGUAUUAAAAACGUGUUUGAGUGUAAAUUCACCGGUGCAGAGGAUAGCGUUAAAACAAUUUUAAAUAAGUAUCCUAACGUAUUCAGCGAAGAGCUAGGGACAUUUAAGGGGUACAAAAUAUCCCUUACAACGAGGCCGGGGACCACACCAAAAUUCUUUAAACACCGACCAGUGCCCCUAGCGCUAAGAACAAAAGUUGUGGCUGAAAUAGAUCGAUUGUUGACCAUCAACGCCCUGAUACCGGUCGACCACAGCGAGUGGGCAACUCCCGUAGUUCCAAUUUUGAAAGAGGACGGUAGCGUCAGGUUAUGCGGAGAUUUUAAAAUAACCGUAAACCCCGUAUUAGUCAGCACAGAAUAUCCCCUACCAAAAAUCGAACACCUCUACGCCAGAAUAGCGGGAGCGAAAUACUUUUCAAAAAUAGACUUGAAAGAUGCCUAUCAGCAGUUGGUACUCGACGAUAGUUCACGCGCAUUAAAGACAAUAAACACGAUUAGAGGUUUAUUCAGGUACACGCGCGUUCCGUUUGGACUGAAAUCAUCGGCGAGCGAAUUUCAGAAAGCGAUCGAAAGUAUCACAAAAAAGGUGGAGGGGGUCGAAGUAUUCAUUGACGAUAUAAUAGUAUCAGGUAGGAAGAUGCCCGAACAUAACAUACGUUUGGAACAACUUCUAAAAGCACUCGGCUCAGCAGGGCUGAGAGUAAGAGAGCGUAAGUGUACCUUUAUGCAGACGGAAGUAGAAUAUUUAGGUCAUAAAAUAGACGGACAGGGUUUGCAUACAUUAGACAAACACACAACCGUGAUUAAGGAGGCAGCGGCGCCCCAAGACAGGUCAGAAUUAAAAAGUUUUCUAGGGUUGGUAACAUAA